GCCGUUUCCUACUGCUGGGGCGACAAGAACGAUACGACUGAGGUUAGGUGCGGCGAUGGAACCAUAACCAUUCAGUUCAAUUUGAAGGCUUUUCUACUACCCACGCGGAGAAAGAGGAAUACGACGAGCAUGCUUUGGAUCGAUUCCAUUUGCAUCAACCAAGCUGACCCGGAGGAAAGAAGCGCCCAGGUACGGAAGAUGCGUGACAUCUAUCAACGAGCCACGCGGACAUUGAUCUGGUUGGGGCCAGAAGGCGAUGAGAGCACCGGCGGACUCGACUUUGCAGAACGGCUCUGCAAUGCGUAUUUAUGGGACAUGAAAGCUACAAAAACGCCACGGAUGUGGCCUCUUCGCCGACUCGAAUUCUCGACACUGUGGAAUAAAGGCUGGAAGCCGUUCUUUGCCCCCUUCGAUCGGCCGUGGUUUGCCAGAUCGUGGAUUGUCCAGGAAGCUGUCGUGUCUGAAGACGCAUGAUUUGUUUGUGGCGACAAGGCCAUCAAGUUUGCGGUUCUUUUUGCCGCUUUGAUAUACGUCUUGCAGUGGCAGAAAUGGGUAGUGGAAUACCACGGUAGCUCCAACGUCGGAUUACCCAUGGUGCUCAUUCUUUCGCAGCAAGAGUACAGGAAUGGCA